AUGAAGAUCCACACCGGCGAAAGGCCGUACCUGUGCAACACCUGCAACAAAACCUUUACUAGAUCAUCAUAUCUUAAACGCCACAUAACCAUGCACACGGGCGAGAAGCCCUACAUCUGCAAAACAUGUGGAAAAAGUUACAGGCUACAUUCCCACCUGGUGGAUCACUCGAGGACCCACACCGGUGAAAAGCCGUACAUGUGCAACACCUGUGGAAAAACCUUUAUUCAAUCAUCAAAUCUUAAAACCCACAAAACCAUGCACACGGGCGAGAAGCCCUACAUCUGCAAAACAUGUGGAAAAAGUUACAGGCAACGUUCCCACCUGGUGGGUCACUCGAGGACCCACACCGGUGAAAAGCCGUACCUGUGCAACACUUGUGGAAAAACCUUUACUCAAUCAUCAUCUCUUAAAAGUCACAUAACCACACACACGGGCGAGAAGAGAUAUUUGUGCAAGACGUGCAACAAAGGUUUUAGCCGCAAAAUUGAUUUGCUGAGUCACAUGAAGAGCCACACUGGCGAAAGGCCGUACCUGUGCGACACCUGCAACAAAACCUUUACUAGAUCAUCACAUCUUAAACGCCACAUAACCACGCACACGGGCGAGAAGCCCUACAUCUGCAAAACAUGUGGAAAAAGUUACAGGCUACGUGCCCACCUGGUGGUUCACUCGAGGAUCCACACCGGCGAAAGGCCGUACCUGUGCAACACCUGCAGCAAAACCUUUACUACAUCAUCAAAUCUUAAAAGCCACAUAACCACGCACACGGGCGAGAAGCCCUACAUCUGCAAAACAUGUGGAAAGAGUUACACGCAACAUUCCACCCUGGUGAUUCACUCGAGGACCCACACCGGUGAAAAGCCGUACCUGUGCAACACCUGCGGAAAAACCUUUACUGAAUCAUCAACUCUUAAACGGCACAUAACCACGCACACGGGGGAGAAGCCAUAUUUGUGCAAGACGUGCAACAAAGGUUUUAGCCGCAGAAUUGAUUUGCUGAGUCACAUGAAAAAUCACCCAGAGGAGGAGAAGUCUGGUGACUCGUGACAAAUGAAGCUCAUGUUGUCGUCCUCCGGGGGCAGCUGUCCACUCCUGUCUGACCCACAGAAGAAGAACCCGCAGAAGUCCAACCACCACCUCCUGUGGCUGAUGAGCCUAAUCCCCUCCCCACAAGGUUUGCAGGUUCAACACAGAUUUAUGCUUCUCCGUCAACUUGACGCAGAAGGAACGAUAUGGUUGUGUACUUUUUUUUAAAGUUCUGCAUUAAGUUUGUUUGAAUCUCUUUUCCUUCUUAAAAUUGUUUUAUUUUUUGCUGUUGGUAACUUACCG